CGGUGGACAGCCGAGGCGGGGCUGGAGACUGUGGUGGUGGCUCUGGGGUCGGUGAGCGCGGGCCGCGGGCCUUGGGCCGAAGUGAUGCGGCGCGUCGGCAGGACUGACUGGACAAAGGGGCGUAGCGCCGGGCGCUCGUGCCGGGGAGGCGAGGGCUGGCGCUUGUGAGCCUGGGCGGUGCCGCUGGGGGCGGGAACGGCCUGGGAGACCCCCACGCCGUGAGAACGGCCUCGGGGUCGCCGGGGAUUCGCCAGGCCUGGGGGAACAGACCUGCUCGGGCGGCGGAGGGUCGUCAGGUUGAGGGCCCGUAGGAGCCCGACAGGGGCUUUUGCGCUUGUUCCAGCGCCGGACGAUCGGGGGCAUCGCGUAGAGACUCUUAUCCGGGCGGCCAGGUCGGCUGCCUUCGUUUCCUUUUGCGACAGGUGCUCAUUCCGUCUGUCUGGUCACCGAGGUAUGCAUCGUCCUCGCGAGAUUUGUGCACGGGAGCGCCAAGCCGAGGGUGGGCAUACGGGGUUUCCCAGAAGUGGCUCCUGAAGGGCUUGGCCUCGAGAGGUCAGUAAGCUCAAGGCCCUGUGGCUGGAAUGCUCUCUGUCCCUUUCCUGGGCUGUGACCUUGGUCAAGGCCUCGCCUUAGCUUUCCUAACUGUAGGAGGGGGAUCAGGGUAAGGUGGCUGGCCCACAGGAAGCAGGGCCGAGCCCUUCUGUCGCAGAUAUUCUGCAACCUCGGGUCUUUUGCAUGCAUCUUCUCAGCUUGUGUGCUGUUUGUGCCUCAUUUGAGCAAGCUCAGGCUUGGGCCUUUUUGAAUCCUUGGUUUCUCUCCACGUUGAUUCCUCAGGGAAGAAGAGAGAUGCUUAGACAGGUGGCAAGGGUCACAGAAGGUGAGACUUGCUUUUUCUCGGGGGUUUCCAUCCCUGGUGACAUCCCAGAAAACAGUAAUUAUCCCUUGGGCUAACGUUGAGGGCCUUGAUCCCAGGCCAUGUCAUUUUAACUCUGUUUCCCAGGUUUUAAUCUUUUAAGCCCUGAUGUUAUUAAGCUGUGUCUGUGCUUUGUGGAAUCUGAGAGCAGCCCUCAAAUACAUCUGUGAGGAAGAUGAGGGAGGGAGCUGUGAGGGGGCUGCAGGCCCCCCUGGGAGAACUCCAUCUGCUGCAGGCUGACAACGGGCUACAGGGAGGGCCCUGGGCUCUAUUCUACUUUUGAGGAAGGAUUUCUGAAACAGCUUUGUGAUUUGGGGCCAAUGGGGCCUCUGCAGAGCAGUAACCAUCUGUAGAAGCACAAGUAAACUCAGUGGUGACACCAUUUAUGUACUACGAUGCUUUGUUUUCCUAACAAAGCCUUUUGCUUCUGUAGGUUGGGGCCUGGGGUGUGGCCUUGUCCCUGGUCCACUCUGCCCAGCCAGUGCCAGGUACCUAAGUGGGUACUUCUCUGUGUCACUGUUCUCCACGCUCUGCUCCAGUUGGGCACCAUAUUGGGCUUUCUCACCACUGUUGUAUAGAGUGGAUAUGACCUAGUGGUAUUCUAGGUUUUCUUCACUGAAGCUCCUCUCCUGCAGGUGGCUGCCUGCACGGCCCAGCGCCAUGCACACACUUGUGUUCCUGAGCACUCGGCAGGUGCUCCAGUGCCAGCCAGCUGCCUGCCAGGCCCUGCCCCUGCUGCCCCGAGAGCUCUUUCCCCUGCUAUUCAAGGUGGCCUUCAUGGACAAGAAGACUGUGGUACUGCGUGAGCUGGUGCACACAUGGCCCUUCCCACUGCUCAGCUUCCAGCAGUUGUUGCAGGAAUGUGCUCACUGUAGCCGGGCAUUGCUGCAGGAGCGACCCAGCACUGAGAGCAUGCAAGCUGUAAUCCUGGGGCUGACUGCUCGGUUCCACACCCCAGAAGCUGAAGCUGGCACACAUUCCCUCUGUAGGAAGCACACACUGCGGGUGCUGGACAUGACUGGUCUCUUGGAUGAUGGUGUGGAGCAGGACCCUGGUACUAUGAGCAUGUGGGACUGCACAGCAGCUGUGGCCCGCACAUGCAUUGCCCAGCAACAGAGCAGGACUGCUGAACCUGGACCAGCCCCUGUCCCUGUGGAGGUUCGUGUGGACCUUCGGGUGAACCGGGCCUCCUAUUCAUUCCUGCGUGAGGCUCUCCGAAGCAGCGUGGGCAGCCCCCUGCGGCUAUGCUGCCGGGACCUCCGGGCUGAGGACCUGCCCAUGCGCAACACUGUGGCCCUGUUGCAGCUUCUGGACGCAGGCUGCCUGCGCCGAGUGGACCUCCGCUUCAACAAUCUGGGCCUGCGUGGCCUGUCUGUCAUCAUCCCUCAUGUGGCUCGCUUCCAGCACCUGGCCAGUCUGCGACUACACUAUGUGCAUGGGGACUCAAGGCAGCCCUCUGUAGAUGGUGAGGACAACUUCCGCUACUUCCUGGCCCAGAUGGGCCGCUUCACCUGUCUUCGGGAGCUCAGCAUGGGCUCUUCUCUCCUUUCAGGCAGGCUGGACCAGCUGCUCAGUACCCUGCAGAGCCCCUUGGAGAGCUUGGAGCUGGCCUUCUGUGCUCUGCUGCCUGAGGACCUGCGCUUCCUGGCAAGGAGCUCCCAUGCUGCUCACCUAAAGAAGCUGGACCUGAGUGGUAAUGAUCUGUCAGGAAGUCAGCUAGUGCCCUUCCAGGGUUUGUUGCAGGCGGCAGCAGCCACACUGCUGCAUCUUGAGCUGACUGAGUGCCAGCUUGCUGAUGCCCAGCUAGUAGCCACACUGCCCACCUUGACCCGCUGUGCCAGUCUCCGCUACCUUGGCCUCUAUGGCAACCCGCUAUCCAUGGCUGGCCUCAAGGAGCUGCUGCGGGACUCAGCGGUACAGGCUGAGCUGCGCACCGUGGUGCACCCCUUCCCCGUGGAUUGCUAUGAGGGCCUGCCCUGGCCUCCACCUGCAUCUGUCCUUCUGGAAGCCUCCAUCAACGAGGAGAAGUUUGCCCGUGUAGAAGCUGAGUUGCACCAGCUGUUGCUGGCCUCAGGCCGUGCCCAUGUGCUCUGGACAACAGACAUCUAUGGGCGACUAGCUGCAGACUACUUCAGCCUGUGACCUCCUGGCUUUGGAUGAGACAGGCCAAGAGCUUUUGCUGGGACUCUGCUGGAGGCCUGACAACAAAGACCGGUCUCAGGUUUCCUGCAGAGUCUGUCUUGCUCCUGGGCACACCUUAAGAGUCCCAUGCUUUCUGCAGUGCCCUGCACCUGCUCCCUAAUGGCUGGCUGACUGUGGGCCCCGUGCUGGAUUUCAGGCCUGCACCACCCUGCUCAGUAUAGCUGCACUUGGCUCUCUGUGGAUGUACCUGGGAUCCCAGCUGUUAUCCAAGGGACACUUCCGGGCCCUUUGCAUCUCCUGACCAAGAGCACAGCACUGUGGGGCUGAAGGUGGGGCGAGGCCUAGGUCCUGAUGCAGCCUUUGGCCUGUACCGUGUUCCCUGCCCUGGCGCUAGAGCCACCCCGCCAGCUGGCUAUGGGGCUGGAGGGUGGUGUCAAGGUACAAACGUGCAGCGUGUCUGGAGUUUGAA